CCCACCCCCGACAGCGACCACUACAUCAUCACUUAUACUGUUCAGGUGGGUGAGGAUGACACUCCGCUAGAAGUCCCGCGGAUCUACAAGACCUUGCUUACAUGGAAGAAGGCAAACUGGUCGAAGUUCCGCGCGCUGACCAACUCACACUGCAGGUUCAAACGAGGCAUGAAUCGCAUAGACACCAUAGAGAAGCACAUCACAUCUGGUAUACGGCUUGCCACAAAGGCCGCAGUGCCGGAGGGCAAUCGACGCCAGUCCCCGUUCUGGACCCCUGAGCGGGCAGGCUUAGUUAAGACAAUUGCCAGGAGGCCAAGCGCUUAA